GGCUACAGUUCAAGUGGCAGUGAGGAGGGUAUAGAAUUCAAAGGCUUUGAAGUACAGAAUGAAGGCAAUAGAACAGAUUCCCUACGUUCUGGAAAUAAUUCCUCCAAAAGUUGUCCCCUCAAUAUUAAAUCUCAGAAACGGGUUGAAGAGGAGUCUCAUCCAGAAUCAGAUCCAACAGAAAUGGUCACUGCAUCACCACCUCUGAAAAAAGACUCUAAUCCCUCUCAGGAACCUAGGCAGACACUAGUAGCUGUUAAACCUCGGAAGAAGGGUAUCAACAGUUCUAACAACAACCCAAAAAAACUUGGUACAUCCUUGACCCGUGGUACAGGAAAAAAUGCAGCUAAAAAAACCACAAUUACAGUCAAACUAGUUGCCAAAAAGACAGUCAAGAAGAAAGCUGUGUCUGGUCAGAAACCAUUGAAAAAUGUGAAGAUGUCAGGGCUCAGGUUCCCCUCCAAAGGCAAGAAAUUGCAAACUCCAAAGGCCUCGAGUGCCCAAGUGAAGUUAAAGAAAGGGAAGCAACUUGGUGAACUUGAGGGUCCUAGUAAAAGAGGAGUCGCAACUGCAAGUGAAGGAAACCGCUUUGUUGGCAAGGCAGUGGAUGCUAGCAAUGGAAGGAAGCUGAAACUCAAGGUUGAGGCCCAGACGGUGGGUGUGCGAAAGUCUCUUGGGAAAUCUCAGCUUGUCCCUGAAAGCGGAACACCUAAGAGUAACAUCAGGAAAAGAAAAUUUGGACAAAAUGAGGCAAGUCUUGGAGUCGUCAAGAGAAAGGGCCAGAGAAAUUAUAAAAAAAAUAGCCAGAUGGAAAAAGCAGAUGAUGGAAGUUCUAUCGAAGAAUCAGAAAGCCUCUGUAAUGAGGGAAGUACGGCUGAGCUGUUGUCCGAGGGAGAACGGGAAGUAGACCCAAGUGUGGAGAUCAGUAGCAGGAAGGGGAGGGGGCAGAGAAAUCAAGUCCAACAAGCCUCGAGAAUUCCACAUACAGUUGCAGAAAAACUUGCUGGAACGAAGAGUCUGGCCUUUAGAAGCAAGGGUCAAGACCUCGGUGUCCCAGGUUUGAAACUAAAGAGAGUGAGGAACCCCAAAGCUGUGCUUGCCAGUUCAGCCAGAGCUCAACCUAGUGGUCAGGACUUGAAGGGGUUGACGUGUAAGAAACAAAGCAAAUUUGUGUGGACCCUAACGCUGGUGAAGGGUAAAGGGAAAGUACUCAAAAGGCAGGAGUCUGGUAAAAUGACACCGAAGGGGGAAGAUGAAGAGAUGAUUACAGAUGAAAACUCAGCUGAUUUCCCAGUAGCUGGGAAAUGCUCCCAAAAGCAGCCUAAGACAUUUAAGAGAAGAAGUAAGGCCAAUCAGGAGCUUAAUUUGGGACAGAUGAUUGAAGCACAUUCAGAAGAUGCAGCACAGGCAAACAAUUUUGGUGGAAAAGAUGUUGUACUUCCACUAAAGCUAAAGGUUGUUUCAUCCCCAAGCAAACAAAAGGGUUUGCAGCAGUCACUUGUGAUCCAUCAGAAUGAUUGUGAUGUCAGUGGACAAGUUCCCCUUGUAGGAAAUAGCAGUGAAGGUCCAGGAGGCCCGUCGACAUUGUCUGAUGUGAAUGGCUCACCAUCUCAUAAAACAGAGAUCCGGUCUCAACUAAUCCCCUCACUGAAGGGUGGCUAUAAGCCACAGGUGCCACAGAAAGGCAAGUUUCAGAAUGUCAGUGAUGCUGAACAAGCUAAAUUUCCUGGAGUGGAUUUUGCCUCAGGUACACAGCAGCUAACAGAUGGAGAUAGUGUUUCAAAUGACUUAUUUUCACCAAAGGAGGAGAGCCAGGAACGUGAGAGCACAGAUUAUGUUGAAUUGGCAACAUCUGAAGAUGUGACCAAUGUGAACGUGAAAGCACAGGAGGUUAAAGUAGAGGUAACUGGAGAGGGAGAUGGUGUUGAGUUGACCGAACAGCCCAAGCGGCGAAUUAGAAGGCCUUUCCCACAGAAGAGGCGCAAAUCACUAUUUGGCUAUCGAAGAAAGCCAGAAGAGCUGCCUGUACGACCUAACACAGGUCCUGGGCCGAAGCGAUAUAGGCGUAGGAUUGUCACUUUCACUUAUGAACCGAUCCCAGAUCCUUCUGAAGUAGGAGUGAUUGCAGAGGCGUCGCAGUCUGCUUCCGCAGACUGUCAGCCGGGUGCAGGCCUGGACCCUGCUGCUGUAGUCAGUGGAAGGUCCUCCAGAGUCAUCAAGACACCUAAAAGGUUCAUGGAUGAUGAAGACAUGUCCCUGCUUCCAGCCAGAAUGGCUCAAAAAAAAGGUCCCCUCGGGCUGCAUCCUCGGUCAACUAGGAAAAAAGAAGAUGGCUCUCUGGAACACACGUUUUCUUUUUCUGACGAUGAAGACUUUCUCACUGAACCCUUCUUUAAAUCUGAAGAUAUUGAUGUGUCCCAAACCAUGGAGACCUGCUCUGAUUCACAACCUGAAGCUGAAAGUCAGACUUCGCCUAACCUAUCUGGAAAACGGAAAACACCUUUGCGAGAGCCCAAUUUUAAGUGGCGAGUGUUGGACGACACUGAGGAGGAGGCAUGUGCACAAAAAAGUAUGAACCAGCUGUCCUUCAGACACCUAAUGUCCUCAGGCUCCACAGCUGCCUCUGCUGUGCCGCUGAAGAAGGUUUCCAAGCUCAGCCAGAACUCGGCACUGAAAAUCUAUGAGAAACUCAAGAAGCUGACCUCGCGUGGAGGCCGGAAGAAGAAGGAUGGGACUGGCAGGAAAUUUGGGUUCUCCGCACAUGCUAAGAAAACACAAUGGGGUGUACAAGAAGGGGAGCCUCAUGAUCCCUAUCUGACUCCAUCGUUUUCACGAACUAAGAAGAGAAAGAAAACCAAACUGAAGAUUGAGGACCUUAAUUCUCCCGGGGUUGUGCGGAAAGUGGCGGUGCAUGUCCGUUCCAAUCCCCUGGUGGCAGAAGAUGGGAACCAGAUUGUGCAGGGAGACACGGCAGAUGGAAAUUCAUGCUCCUUCAAACCAACAAGCACAGUAAAAAGAGAAGAUCACUCUCUUAACCUUGGUUAUGGAGAGCCAAUCCAGGACCAUAUUGAGAACCGGGAACAGGUAGUGGUGGAGGAAAAGGGGACCACUCACAGAAUCUCCCUUUCUUGUGCCAAUAAGAAAAUGUUCCACUUACUGAAGAGAGCCAAGGUCCAACUAAUCAAGAUUGACCAGCAGAAACAGUUGAAGACCUCCCAGCUCCUGUCUGGGUCUGUCCGUGUGGGAUCUCAACAUAGGGGUGCACUCAAGUUGAAGCGGAGGAGAGUGGUCAGGACAACAAACAAGAAAUACUCUCCUCAGGAACGGCCACUGGGUGGCCCUCGGAUCAAGCACGUUUGCCGGGCUGCAGCUGUGGCCUUGGGCCAGCCCCGCGCCAUGGUGCCUGACGAUAUCCCCAGGCUCAGUGCCCUGCCUCUCCACGAGAGAGCCGGCAUCACCCCCUCACCAGCUUUAGAAGAUGUGGGGUCUCCCUCCGAACCGGAGAGCCCCACCUCGCACGAGCACAGAAUCCCUAAGGUCCGGAAGUCAGCUGCAGGGAACCGAAAUCAGGGGGACUACGGGCCUUCGGGCCUGAGGUCUCGCAGGUGCGGCAGGUGUAAGGGCUGCCUCCACGAGGAGGACUGUGGAGAAUGCAUCAACUGCCUGGACAAGCCCAAGUUUGGGGGACCCAACACCAAGCGGCAGUGCUGUGUGUACAAGCGGUGCGCCAAGAUAGAGGAGCGAAAGGCCCGGCGCAUGGGAUACAAGCCCAAGGGCUACGUGAAGAGGCGGCGGCUCUCCGCCGGCGCGUGCCACUCCAGCAACGACGAAGGCGACGGGGCCGAAGGCGCGGAGACGACGGCGUCGGCGGCCCCCGCGGACGAAGAGAGCCCCUCGCUGCGGAAACAGCCGCGGCGUGGCGUGAAGCCCCGCUCCUACUGUGACCUGCUGGACUCUGACUCGGACCUGGACCCCGCGCCGGGGCCCGCCUCCGCCCCCCUGGCCAAGAGGAGGGCCACCGCCUCACGUAGGGACUGGGCGUCCCCGGACGACGAGCCGAACGAGGUCUCAGGAGACGCAGCGCGACCGCGCCGGCCCGGCCAGCACAGGGGUCUUCCCGCCCGCCGCAGAACCGAAAAGAGCCCCCAGGAGCAAACGCCGCCGAGCGUGCUGGCGGCGCUGGCCAACGGGUUCACCCAGCGGGAGAGAGAGUCGCUCGAGCCGUCCCACAAGAUUCGCGUGGACUUCAAGGAGGAAUGUAGCCUCCAAAAUGUGUGGCUGAUGGGGGGCCUCAGCAUUCUCACCUCCACCCCCAUCAUCCCCCAGCAGGUCUGCCUGCUCUGCGCCAGCAAAGGACAGCACCAGAUGCUCUACUGUCAAGUGUGCUGCGAACCCUUCCACUGGUUCUGCCUGGGCUCUGGAGAGCGCCCCCUAGAGGAGAACAAGGAGAACUGGUGCUGCCGUCGUUGCAAGUUCUGCUACGUGUGCGGCCGCAAAAACAAGCUCUCAAAGUCUCUGUUGGAGUGUGGGCGAUGUCAGAACAGCUAUCACAUUGCCUGCCUGGGACCAAAUUAUCCUAAACCCAGCAAAUGCAAAACGUCUUGGAUGUGCAUGUCGUGUAUCCGCUGUAAAAGCUGUGAGAGGACCCCGGGGAAAAGCUUCGACACCGAGUGGGACCAUGAGCGGAGCCUCUGUCCUGACUGCAGCAGGCUUCAUGACCAGGGUAACUUCUGCCCCAUCUGCUUCAAGUGCUACGAGGACAACGACUACGAGAGCCAGAUGGUCCAGUGUUCACAGUGUAACCACUGGGUCCAUGCCAAGUGUGAGGGCCUAUCUGACGACCUGUACGAGAUUCUGUCCAACCUGCCGGAGAGCGUGGUGUACUCCUGCACGCCCUGCAGCAGGACCCAGCCCAGCAGCUGGAGGGAGGUGCUGCAGGAGGAGCUGAGGAUCGGGGUGGAGAAGGUGCUCUCCGCCCUGCUCACCAGCUCCUUCACCCAGCACCUGGCCCAGUGCAGGGAGUGUGCAGAGCAUGGUGAACCUGAAGUCAGGGUGGACAAGCAGCCUGCUUGCGAUCUCCACGCCAUCAACGAAAAACUUGACAAUGGCCUCUAUACUACACUGAAAUCAUUCCAUGAGGAUGUAAUCCAUGUGAUUGAGAAGCAUCAAGAGGAGGAGUCUGAGAACUCUCUCCCUGAAGACCGGAGGCCCUCCGCACUGGCCAAAUCCUACUACUUUAAAGUGUUGGAGGAGGUUUUCAGCUGGUUCAGCAGCCAGGACUUGAAAGCGUGGCAUUCCUGUCCCAGAGAAUUUCCACCUGGAAUGCUCCCCAAUGCUGUGCUGCCCCCGUCCUCUGAGCACCUCUACGCCCAGUGGAGGGAGAGGGAGGACCCGUGUGUCAGUGAGCCAGGGGACCCCCAGCAGGUCUCACCGACAGAGGGACUCUCUCCCAUCACACCCGCCUCCCACAAAACACUCAGGAACACCGGGAGCUCCCACAAGUUCCAAGAAAAGAGGGGACGGCAGGUCGCUGCGGACCCAGAGUCCAGCUGGACCAAGCAAGAUGAGCGGCAGUGUUCCCUGUGCCAGAAGUAUGGGGAUGCCAAGCCCAACGACGCCGGCCGUCUGCUGUAUCUGGGUCAAAACGAGUGGGCACAUUUGAACUGCUCCUUAUGGUCGGCGGAAGUGUACGAGGACAACGGCUCUCUCAUGCACGUGCACAGUGCCGUCGCCAGGGGGCGCUUCAUGCGCUGUGAGCGUUGUAACCAGACGGGAGCGACGGUGGGCUGCUGUCUGACCUCCUGCCAGAGCAACUACCACUUCAUGUGUGCUCGAGCCCGCAACUGCGUCUUCCAGGAUGACAAGAAGGUCUUCUGCCAGGCACAUCGAGACCUCAUCUCUGAGAAGGUCGUCACUGGGAAUGGAUUUGAGGUUCUCCGGCGGAUCUUUGUGGACUUCGAAGGAAUCAGUCUCCGCCGGAAAUUUCUGACUGGCUUGGAGCCAGAAUCUAUUAACAUGCUGAUAGGGUCUUUGUUGAUCAACAGUUUGGGAGUGCUGACUGAACUUUCACCGAGUCAGGGCAAACUCUUCCCUGUGGGCUAUCAGUGCUCCCGUUGGUACUGGAGCACAGUGGAUCCCCGUCGGCGCUGCAGGUACACCUGCAAGGUGAAGGAGCUGCGCCCAUCAGUGCAGGAGAAACCCAUCGAGGAGCCACUCGAUCAGGGAGACAACCGCACCAUUGUACACAGCCCCAGUGCCCACACAGAAAUGGAAUUGCCAGAGCCUGAGAUGGCUCUCCCUAAUCCUCCAGCACUUGAAACACCACCGAGCACACCAUCUCGUACCUCCAAACAAGACACAGGAGCUGUACCAAAAGUUCCCAGCUACUCACAAGCCAGGAGACCAGCCGGUGGAAUUUGCCGACCUCUGCCAUCCCCAGGGAAUGCAUCCUCUAAGUCCCACCCCAUUCUGACCAUCGCUGACCUGGAGGAGGCCCGCCGCCCACGUCGCCACGGCCCCAUCUCCCACGGCUGCAGCACUCGGAGCCGUGUCACCUCUCCCCUCUCAGGCGUCCUUUCUGAGCCCAUCUCGCUCCGUUCGGUCGAGCCCCUUCAUUCCAAAAGCCAUCCGGUGCUCUCCCCACUUUCUCCCCUCAGUGCCACGGAAAACCUGCAGCCCUCUCCCCCAGCCAGGCGUGUCGGUCGAAGUGCUCCCUCUGCCAGGGGAACGGUCAUUGCUCCCCACACUACCUCAAGGCUCCUCCCAGUCAGCAGCCCCUCGCUGUCCCUUCCUGGCGGCCAGUGCUCCCAGACCCUCUGCAACUUUUCCAUGCCCAGACUUCCCUUUGAAGUGAGCAAAGCAGAUUCGGCACAGGUGCCCCAGGACAUCUUGACCACAAUGCAACCUGAAGAUGUUUUGGAAGUGGACGGAACCGGCCUUCCCCAACUCUGUGACGACUCCGGCCAAGGAAAUAGUUCCCACAUGAUCUCCGAUCAGGAGUUCCCCUUCACCCCUUUUGACGUGGAGUCCGACGCAGCCGUGGCGUCCAUGUUGAACACCAAGUUGGAGUUCACCGAUACCUUGCUGAACGUGAGCAGCUGCGGGGCGCAGAUCGUGGUGGGUGGGGAGGAAGUAGAGGUGAACCCGGACGAGCUUGGUGAUGACGCAGACGACAGUGACAAAGCAGCAGCUGUUGUCAAAUCUCUGUCUCUCCCCAUGACGUCCGCCAAAGAGGAGUGGGCAAACGUCUCCUCCGAUGAGGACAUGGACAAUUACUUUGACUUCUCUCGUACUGUUGUUACUGCUGAGGCCCCCAAGGACCCUGAACAAGUCCUCGUCCCUCCUUCCUCGGAGUCUAUCCCCCAGCUGGAUGGCAUCGACGACGGGACUGAAAGCGAUGCCAGCGAAGCAACCAAUGAUGGGACUCGUAACCUAAAGAGCACUGGCCAAGCCCAGAACCCAACCCAGUUGCCCGAGGUUCCACCCCAAGAAGACAAUCAAGGUAAUGGCCUGAAUCACCCAAGCACACCCUCUCCAAGUCCAGCCUGUACAAAAGGGCAGUUGGAAGCCUCAUCAUACAGUGAGGAAUCUUUAACCUCAACCAAAGCGAAUACCUUAUCAGCUUUAGAAGCCCAGAAGAUGAAUCCUCUUGAAUCCUUAGAAGUUGAUUCCACACAGCAAGACGAUGCUCUUCCACUAUUGGAAACCUUUCAGGUAUCAAUGGAGGCCAUUUCACCCAUUGAAAGUAAUAUCAUGGGCGUGGACGCUGAAACCCAUCAGGUGAUUGAAGUGAUUUCGUCUUUAGAAAAUGGGAGUGUAGAAGAGGCAGCAGCACAAGAGGAGCCCACAAUUAUUUUUGAGGUGCAGACUGUGCCAGGAGAAGGUGAGUCCAGCACCACAGAGGCCACCUUCACAGAGGGAUCAGUGGAAGGAGAGCUCUCCUUACUGCAAGGGUCAAAUUCCGAAACCGUCUCUGGGACCUUCCUAGUCUGCGAAAGCAGUGACCUUCCAACAUCAAGUGCGGCAUACGCUGACCUUGUUACAGGUUCAGAUGAGGUGCCAAUGCACAGUGAGCCCACAGAAGUCCACAGAGAGAUGUUCCUCGAUCCUGACAGUGGGCAUUUUGUCGCUGACGACGGCACCAUUCUCUAUCUUACGGAAAGGACAGAAGAUGAUGAUUCACCUGCUGUAUCACCUGUGAACAAGAACCAGGAAGUGGCAACGGAUCGUCCCAUAAUAAGCAGCAUUCCCGUACCCAGCCCUACCCCUGUGGAUUAUCUGAGAAUCAGCCCAGCCGUACAACUACCUGUGCCCCCAGCCAACCCCACUCCUAUUACUUGCGUUCAAGCUACAAUGGCCCCACAGGCAUCGAUUCGGAGUAUACGGACCAGAGUAAUGCCAUCCACGGGUGGUAGGCAACCUACCCGGCCGGUUUCCACCACGGCUGUGAGGAUCUUGCCAUCUUCUCCUGCGAUUGCCACUCGCUCAUUUCAAAUGCGCAGUACCCCAUCUUCAGCCCCUAUUAUCAUCAACAGGAUCAACUCUGCAGCCAUUCAGAGGGAAGCCCCCAGAACCAUCUCCAUCAACAUCUCCAGCCCCAAGCCGGUGCUCACCCCACAACAACAGGUCAUUUCCCAGACACUGCCAGGCCACACGAUCCUCACAGUGCGGGAGAUGAGCAGCUCCAGCAUGGAACAUGCACCCCCACAGGUCUUGCUUGUCAACAGCCAAGGUCAGAUCUUCGUCAAGAACCCGGAGAGCAACACCUUUCAGCUACCUACCUCCAAUUGCCCAUCCUACAGUUCCAUCAGCAGGAUCGCCGGACUCCUUCAGGGUGGCAGUCUCUCUAUUACGCCCUCCACGACAGGCAACAUGCCCCAGGUCCAAAGGGUGGUGACUUCCCCGCAAAUGGUCAUCAACCCUGCCGCCCCUACCCAUGUCAUAACCUACCGGAACAAAGGAGUUGUGAGCGCAAGGUCCCCGGGGGGCACUGCAGCUGAGGAGAAGAAGCCCAGGAGGAGAGGCGCCGUAGCCAACAUACGGUCCAAGUCCGACCUCAGGCCUGACUCAUCAGUUUGGUCCAUUGUCAGUGGUAGUGCUGAAGCCAUAAUAAACCAAGCCAUGAGCAGUCAACAGAACACCCUUCAGACCAGCGUCCUAAGCCCCUCCCAAUUCCGUGUACAUCCUGUUCUGAAUAAAGUCCAAACCAUGGGGCCCGUGGUGCUUCCCUCUGGUCUGUGUCUCGGAACGGAGCCCACCGCCACCCUUUCACGCUCUCAGGUCCGAGUCAAGAGGGUGUCCUCGACACCCGGGCGCAGCAGUACCAAGAAGUCCAAGGUGGACUUUGCUGAUCCAGAGUCCCCUGAUGGUCUGGAGGAGCCGCAGAAAGCCAGCUCUAUGGCAGCCAGCAGACUUGGGGGUGUUCGCAUCAAAAUGCCAUCUGCUAAAGAGGAACUGGACAAGCUGAAGGAAGAUUACAACAAUGACUCUGAGAACACAAGAUCUGGCCAAUGGAAUCGUCUGUCCACAGUGUCUCGAGGUAACGCGAAACCCUCUGCCUGGGGCUGUUCGCACAGCAGCUCCCUGACCGACAGUGAUUUCUCAAGUACAAGCCUGAGCUCUGAUGAUGAGAGUCCUCCCCCCGAGUUGGAGGAAACCCCACCCAACAGAGACCAGCCCCACCUGCGCUUUGAGAUCACCAGUGAGGAUGGCUUCAGUGUGGAGGCCGACAGCAUAGAGGUGGCAUGGCGGGCGGUGGUGGAUGGAGUGCAGGAGGCGCGGUCAGGCUACCGGCUCAAGCAGCUGUCCUUCGCCAGCAUGAGCGGUGCGCGCAUGCUGGGCUUCCUCCACGAUGCCGUGGUCUUCCUGGUGGAGCAGCUCCGGGGGGCCUCCCGCUGCCAGAGCCACUGCUUCCGCUUCCACCAUCAAGAGAAGAAGGAGGAGGAGCUGCCCAUCAACCCUAGCGGCUGCGCCCGGGCCGAGGUCCACCUACGGAAGUCCACCUUCGACAUGUUUAACUUCCUGGCCUCCCAGCACAGGCAGCUCCCGGACAUUGGGGCUUAUGAUGAGGAGGAGGAUGAAGUCCCACUCAAAUCUACCAGACGCGCCACAAGCCUGGAGCUCCCCAUGGCCAUGCGUUUCAGACAUCUGGAGAAGACGUCCAAAGAAGCUGUAGGCGUGUACAGAUCUGCCAUUCAUGGCCGUGGCCUGUUCUGCAAGAGGAACAUUGAUGCGGGGGAGAUGGUGAUUGAGUAUGCAGGCAUGGUCAUUCGCGCCGUGUUGACUGACAAACGUGAGAAGUACUACGACAGUAAGGGCAUCGGCUGCUACAUGUUCCGCAUCGACGACUUCGACGUGGUGGACGCCACCAUGUACGGCAACGCGGCGCGCUUCAUCAACCACUCCUGCGAGCCCAACUGCUACUCGCGCGUCAUCAACGUGGAGGGCCAGAAGCACAUCGUCAUCUUCGCCCUGCGCAAGAUCUACCGCGGCGAGGAGCUCACGUACGACUACAAGUUCCCCAUCGAGGACGACCGCAGCAAGCUGCUCUGCAACUGCGGGGCGCGUCGCUGUCGACGCUUCCUCAACUAGGGCCGGGCGGUCCGGGGCGGGGGUUUCAAACCGGGAGCAAGGUUUCCAUGACUACUCUAGAGGUGGGAGAAUCAUCUAGACUUUGUCUUGGGGGUGCGGGAGAAUAUACUACUCUGGAAAUAAAACGACGGCGGAGACAGCCGGUGUUCUAGAAAGUGCUGGAAUGUCCAGAGGCAGAGAACUUGGGCUCCGCCUUUAUUGGCAGCACUGAGCGUGUCUUCACCGGUCGCAGCCCUGCAUCCGUGAGAAAAGGAAGAAAAGGACUGAUUCAUUAAACAGCUGGACACUAAACAUCAGCGUCUGCUGGCAUUUUACUCUCCAACAGUAACCUAACCUUCUGCAUUCCAAGUCAUUGGGUUACUGACUGUGCUUGCUCACCGCAGAGCACAGGAGGUCGAUGUUUUGUGUUAAAGAUUAUGAUGAACUCCAGUCGGAGGAUUCCGGUUCAGGUUUCGUCCUCAUGUAGUGCUUGGUGUAGUCUUUUCCAGGCAUGCAUUGGUUUGUGUGACUUUUCUGUCUCGCGCUCUAGCAGUCUCCCCCCAGCUGAACGGGCAAGUUAAGCUGUCCUCAAACUGGUUCCUUUCCUUGUCUUUAAAGGGGAACAUCCACAAACGCAGUGCCAAGUUCUGUUCAUUACCAUCACUGGCCAGUUCUGCUUCAGUCUCUCUUCGUCUCCCGCCACUUUUCUUCUUCUGUUGGUCUGUGACACCCCCGCAGAAGUGCUGCCCCCAUCCCUUUUCCAGUGCUCUCUCUGGUCUGUGCAGAACAAAGCUAAAUAGAAUUUUGAUACUAUGAUACUAUAUUGUGAUAACCCAAUAAUGGCUGACUGUUGCUUUGUGUUCUUCUGUUGUCUCACCUGCACUGUACUCACACCAGUGUGAAAUACACACCCGUGUGAAGUUUAAUGUGAUUAUCCGCUUGGUGCAAGUUUUCUGUCCGGCAUUUUUGAUCCUGCUGUGAGCACGGACCCCCAAGUGGGAGGGCAAGAGAAAGGACUUGCUCCCGUCAGAGCUUUUUAUAUGGUUAAAUGUUCAUUUGGUUUCCUGAUGUAAAUAAUCGAUGAGUCCGCUAUUUAUCAAAGGGACUUUAGUUACUGGUUCAUUUAAUGUAUUCUACUUCUUUUUUUUUUUUUUUUUUUUCCCAAAAAUGUUGUGGAGUGUCGCUUCCUUGUGGUUCAUGGACCCCCCGUUCGGCACUGCUGGUAAAGUUUUAAUUCUCAAUCAGGUGUGUUGACAGUCACCAGUCCAGAUCUCAGUCAGGCUAAACACUGAUGCAAAACAGUUAAACCAAUGGGAGAACACUCCAAGUUGAAAGUGUGGUCGGUUCUAGUGUUUUCUACAGCUAGUGUGUGUGACUAUUUUUGUUUGUUUUUGGGUCGGGGAAUGCAAUUUUGGAAAUGACCAGGUAGCAUUUUUUCCACUGGCAGAGCGUUACCGAAACCAGAUGGCAAUGAGAUCUAUCGCAUUAGAGACAAAAUCUGCAAAUUCGCCACAAUGCGCUAUUUAAUGAGAAAGCAUUCAGCACCUUAAAGCUUAUGACUCGUUACUCAGUUGUACAUAGGUCUUUAUAGUUAAAUGUCAUUAGAAAAUGCCGUUGUGUGUUAAAGAUUGCUUCUGUAUUUCGUAGUGCAGCUCAUUCUUAACAUGUUCAAACUAUGGAAUUGUAAAAUAAGAAUUCCGUGACGGGCAAAUUUGUGCCAGGGAUUUUGUUUGUUUGUUUGUUUGUUCUGUUAUACCAACAGUGUGGUAAAACCAUGGUUAAUAUGGUUAUAUUAUUUCAUUUAAUUCUUUAUACUUGAUAUUAGUUUCCUUUACUUCCCUGUACUUGAAAAUAAAUGGUCGUGCUUAGGGUUGGGAAGACGGCAAUAUAUUGUGAUGUAUCCUAUAGUAGAAACAAAGGUUGUGUAUUGAGCCAGGUUAUUUAGAACUUUUAAUAUAUAUAUUAUAAACAUUCUUUAUUUGGAUACCAGCAGGAAUCAAUAAUUAGCAUUUGCAAUGGGAAAUGCAACAGAAAAUAGCUUCUUUUUUUUCCUGUUCCAUUUCUGCCAUCAAGUACAUUUUCACUUGCAGUCAAAAUUGUAUAAAUGCAUACUCCGUUUUAUUGAAUAAUGUGCAACUUCUCCAGUUUGAAUCCUUCUAGCAUUUCCUACUUCAGUUACAUGCAUACUCUGGUUGCAUAUGCUGGAGCAUGUGCAUUGAUCACGAUUGAACAUCACAGUUGCUUCAGUGUUGCGUGGGCAUCCAUCUUUGCACAGAAAUACAAAUUGAUUGCUUUUGAAAUCCCACUUCUUCUUCGUGUAGAAGUGACUGAGCCAGGCCUUACACUUGCUUUAUCUUAUAUUUCCUAUUCUAACUGGCAAUUGUUCAUUUGUGUCUCCACUCGCCUACCAAUUUCUCACAGGGAUACUACCUCAGUAGCUUGUGAAGAUAGAGAGAAUGCAAAUGUAAGAUAUCUGCUCAGUUUAAACUCUCCUGCAGAAACGGCCUGAGGGUGCGAUGAAGGAUGCAAUUACAUAGUUAAACUUGACUUGCCCAUUGAGAUCUCCUGCGAAUUGUGGUGAGCUGUGUGUACCAAUGUAGGCUUAUUUUAACAAAGAAUAAAGUUUAGGGCAAAAAUCUGUGAACCUUGGCUCUGCUACCUUGUAUAAAGAGAACCUUUGUCUGUACAUAGUUGUAUACAAAUUUCUAAACCCAUUUAAAAUUUUCUAUGCACUUUUUUAUUUAUGAUGUUCUUUGCUUAAUAAAGAUUAAGAAGUUUGAACAAAAAGCAA